AAGAAAGAAGCGAGAGGGGGAGGAGUGAGGGUAGCACCGGGUUCGCUAUGAGCCAUGUUGGAUGUGAAUGAGAGAUGCUGCGCUCGUGCCGCUGCUAGCCGGAGCUCUACCAAACACCGAGAGUAGAUGCUAGCUUCCCGGGAUCACCGAGCGACCGGGGAGCACGGCGGAAGGAGUCGGGCGGUGGUGGAUGAGCUGGUCACUUAGCCGGCGUUUGGAGAGAGAAAGAGAGACACUUCGGUUCAGAGAGAGGGGAGAAAGGGGGGAGAGAGAGAAAGGAUUUCACCAGACUAAUGGCUGCACUGCUACUGGACUUGGGCUCGCUUUCGCCACUGUUGUUUCUCCUUCUCCUCAGCUCUUUGUUCACUGUUAUCCCGGGGAGUGCAGCAGGGCCGUUCUGCCGCUCCCUGUGCACCCACCCAGCCCCCGGAGACGCUCAAAUCGCCAGCUUGCCCGACGGAACGGUAACGGGGGCUUUGGCUGGGGGCGAUUGGAAGAUCCACCCUGCACGGACGGUACAGUCGCGAGGACGGGAAACGCAAUGCUUACGCUCCUGUGCAGUGGAACCCCCCUCAGAUCCGUUGAGUCCGGAUUACCGGAAUUCUAGUGCAUGGAUAUCAGAACCGGCGGCGCACACCGGACGCUGUCAUCACCAGCCUCUUUGGAGUAACGGUGGCAGCGGAGAGAAGGGCGUUGUUUCUCGUGUUCUCGCCUCUUCGGUUCAGUACGGCAAAAAGAGGACUAUACAAAGGACUAGAACGCGCUCGCGGCCACAGUCGCGCCUCGACACGGACAGGGUCAUUGCACACAGCGUGCUGGAUAACUGUAGAACCGUGGAUAGCAUAUCCAGGCCUAACCACUGCCCAUGUCACCCAAAACGGGAGUUUGUCGCUGCCAAGACACCAACUCGGCCGUUAUUAAAAGCCUAUUCUUAUUUGAAUGUGGUUUCGGACGCCAAUAAAUUGUAUAAAGCGACAGCGGACCGUCCCCUUUCAGGCCCCCUGAAUGUUAUCGAUCUCACCAGAGAGGGCUGGAACGGGUCAGGCAUUAGGAAUACCCGCGGGUGCUCAGAACCGAGCGCGUGGCAGCUCUCUCUAGGGCUUGGAAGCGACGCAAGCAGCUAUCUCGAGUCACACCGGAUCAGAGGUUGUUCUGAAAGGCAUCCAGACUGGCACAGCAGUAACUGGCACCGGUUCAACAUCUCUCUGAGGCGUUACGCUGUUUGUGCAAGGCAGGCAAGAGAAAAUACAAACACCACAUCUUCAAAUAACAACUCAAAAGUAGAGUUUGUGCAUGCAAAGUCUGAUCGGAAUAGUCCACAAAAGUCUUCUUGUGCACUCGAACGGACUGAUGCUCGGGAUUUAAUGCCACAGGCUGUCUGGGUCAGGACUGGGACUCGUUUUGAUGACAGAAAGGCUCAUUAUAAUGGAUCAACUGGAAUCAGCGCUGCUCAGUUGUAUAUCGGCGAUGUACACAACUCUGACUCAUCUGCUACUGGCUCUCCCAGGGGUCAUAAUGCAUCACAUAUCUACCUCUUAGUCGAGCUAAACUUUCCUAAACGUUUUCGUGACUCACACAAUCACACGCGUGCAGAGCGCGCGAGAGAAGAUUCAGCACCCGCUCAGUGGGCAGCGCCAGACUCCGUGCAUGAGCUCGCUAACUCGAGCCACUAUACUGAAAGUUUGUUGCUGAUGGAUUGGAACAGUAACAAUAACAACAACUGCGCCAAAAAUCGUAAUAAUAACCACCACAACAACAGCAGUCCUGGCGAUCAAAAUGCAAAUGAAACCCAAAAUGUUCCAGACAGUGAAGAGCGCGACUUUAUAAGAGGGGAAAGCGCACGUUAUCCUUGCUCCAGUGCGCGUGCAGAGUGUGGCGACUAUGACAGCUUAAACGCCGAUGGGGGAGCCACGCGGCCGCAAUUAAAAUCCGGUAAACGGGUGUCAUUACAAGCUGAGGGUGUCAGUCAGCAAAAGGAGCAGCUGGAAGCCGCGACUGAGUGCGGUAGGAGGGAGGGACAGAUAGAGGGCGGGGUGAAAGGGGAGGGUGACAGACAGCCUGUAGAGGGAGAAAGGGAGGAAAGCAUGGAGUGGGUGAUUGCAGAAGACACAAAGGAAGAGGCAGUGUUAGAAGAGAAAAAAUUACUGAGAGAAAAAGGUCAAGGCAAUGGCACCUCUCAGUCAGACAGAGAGAGUGAUGAAAACAAAGAGGGAAUAUGGACUGAACAAAAUGAGCUUAAACGUGAAAGUGUAGAUGGGGUGGAAAACACACAAAAAGAUCAGUACACUGCAAAACAAAAAGCAAGAGAGAGUGAUGAAGUUCAGAGAGGAGAGGAGCAAGAGUACAUCGAAGAACAAACAGGUGUCCCUCCUGUUGGGCGCUCCCGUAGAGCUGCUAAUAGGCACCCCCAUUUCCCCCAGUAUAACUACCAGGUUCAGGUUGCUGAGAACCAGCCUCCUGGUACCUCAGUCAUAACUAUGACAGCUGAGGACCCUGAUGCUGGUGAGGCAGGCAGACUCAGUUACAGCAUGGCCCCUUUAAUGAACAGCAGGUCCAUGGAUUACUUCCAAAUGGACCCAAUUACUGGCCUUCUCACCACCACACACAUUCUGGAUCGAGAACACAUGGACCUGCACUACUUCCGAGUUACUGCCACAGACCAUGGCUCACCACGCCUUUCUGGAACAACUAUGGUGACCAUCACUGUGGCUGAUCGUAAUGAUCACUCUCCUGUGUUUGAGCAAACAGAUAUCAACAAGGAUGUUGUACUUGAUGAAAUCACGUUCACCACCGAGUAG